AAGCAAGCAUAACUACUACUUGCUGUCAAGAGCUUCUUCUUGUAAAACUAGCAACAGAAAACUUACCUCUAAUAAGCAGUGACUCAGAAAUCCAAGAACAACUAUUAACUACAACUUCAUCUUUCUCUACAAAUAUGGAGAUUGAAAAUAUCAACACUGAUUAUGAUUUUGUUCUAAUAGAAACAAAUAAAAAUAACAGUACAGAUAAUAAUAUAUCUACAACAAUUACUACAAAAAUACUCAAAAACAAACCUAACAAGAAGGAAUAA